GAUUGGAAAAGAAAGAAACAUUUGGGGAAUCCAAUCACAAGCUGCCACAUCCCAUCGCUCCUGGCACACCACCGACACGACCCGUUGUCCGACGCCCUGCCCCACCAUGGACCCUCCCCCUCCUCCCACCACCCUAACCGCCGCGCCACCGCCUCUCCUCCGCCGUCUCUCCGCCGUCGACGCCUCCCUCUCCGAGCUCCUCCACCGCCACAACUUCCUCCCCCGCCCCCUCUUCCUCCUCCUCGAGCUCUCCGCCGACUUCCGCCUCUUCUUCCCCGUCUCCCUCUCCCUCUACCUCUCUCCGGUCCCCUCUCUCCGCCCUCUCCUCGCUCCUCUCAUCCUCGGCCUCCUCCUCGACCUGGCCCUCGUCGGCCUCGUCAAGCUCCUCUUCCGUCGCCCUCGCCCCGUCUACAACAAGAACAUGAACGUCGCCGUCUCCGUUGAUCACUACUCCUUCCCCAGCGGACACGCCUCUAGGGUUUGCUUCGUCGCCGCAUUGGUCUACCUCUCGGCUAAGGCGAUGGAGGGGGUCGUCGUCGAAUCGAGGUCCAGCGGAUUCGUGGAUCGGUGGAUUGCUGAGGGCAGUGAGCGGAAGUUCGUGGAGCUCGUGGUUUUGGUUGCUUCUGUUUGGGCGGUGGCGACGGCGGGUUCUAGAGUUUUGCUCGGACGGCAUUACGUGUGCGAUGUUUUUGCUGGAGCGUGCUUGGGCGUGAUUGAAGGUUGGCUCGCGUAUCGGUACCUGAGGUUGUAGUGUUUGAGGCAAGCUAUGCUGAGGUUUAAGUACGUGAAUUUCCUGCAAAACCCGGCUGCGACAUGGCGAUCUUGGAUUAUUGGUUUGUUGUCCAUUUGCAACACUUGAGUAACAACGAAUCUCCAGUCAGCAGUUCUGCUUGUGUUCUGCUUAUGUUCUUCCAAUGAAUCAAAUUUUGUGCAAGCCAAUUGGAGGCAGUCUGUCGACAAUUGGAAGGGCAGUCUUUGCACAUACUGGUUGAAGUUCUCUUCCAUAAGAUCUUGGUCUUGGAAGUAAUUUUUCCGUGUUCCUUUGGUUGCUGCAUUCAUGGGACCAAUGUUGUGAGGUUUCACAGCUUGGCAUCUGAAGCUGUCGUGUCUCAUUUCCUUAUUUUUCUUCAAAACCUCUCUAUCGAAAUCUCAUUAUAUCAACAUAUGUUUUUGAUCCAUUGAUCGAAGUCAAUGAUUGGUGAAGAGUGGGCCCCAUGGUGGUUUGCGAAGUAGUCAUGAAGAUCUUGUAGUUUUUAAUUGGUCAUCUAGAAUGGUUGAAGGUGAAACUUUGCAGUGGAAGGUGAUCAUGAGAUAAGUCACUGGUGGAUGAACCUAGGUUGAUGGUGAUUGUGGUCUCUUGAAUUCACUUUCUGCACUCUCGGUAGUCCCGUCUCUUAGUUAAAUGUUGGUCCAAGUCUUUGGAGGGAAGAGGAAGUCAAUAGUUGGACAGGGUCUUGGAUGACGAUACAUUAUUGAUUUGCCACCAGGCAGAUAACUGGCAGCAGGCAAGUUGCAGUUAAUUGGGUUGAAGUUGCAGGGCAAUGUUAGCUCUUUACAAAUAGAAUCCUGCACAAGCUGCAUGAGCAUCCCUCUGUUCAAUAUACAAGCAAAUUUAUCAGUCCAUUGGAUUGGGUGUAAUCAUAUUUGCAGUCUUUGAGUGCCAUCUUCAGCUCUUUUGCAAGGAAAAACUGCCAUCUUGAGCUCUGUCAUUGUGGUGAAACAUUAUGGUGAGUAAAGGAAGUUGCUAGAGCUUAUUAACUCUCAGGAUGCAAAUACAUACUGAGAGGUUCCAACAUGAGCUUAGGCUGAUCUUACUUGUCUUACGAAUCUUUGGACCUUACUUCAUUUAUUUCUUCGUGAGUUUGACAUGUUUGCAGCGUCCAUUGUGAGCUUUGAAGUUAGGUUUGGUUUGGGCUAAGCUCUAAGGGAUGUAGGUAAUUCGACGUUUUCCUUUUAUGUGUCACAUAGUUGUCAGAUGACUUUGGGAGGCCCUUGAGAUUCUUGUAAAAUGCAAUACCCAUGAGGUCUGUAAAUAUUGGACGACAUUGUGGAAGGCAUCCAGUCGUCGUACAUUUUGUAUCUGAUAUAAUAUAGAUGUAUUUAACUCUUGCUCUGCUGCAAUCCUCUGCAUUCAAGUGGAUUCGAUUUGUGCGCUAAUUUUGAAUUUCUAAU